GCAGACAGAGGUGGAUGAACAGAGUGCCAGUGUCCGAAGAGAGUGGAGUGCGCGCGGAUCUGCAUCCUGCAUCCCCGACCGGGUACUCGCAGGGCCAUCCACCUGAUCUUCUUAUUAUAAAACUCUGAUGUUGUUUAAAUAAUCAAGUGGUUUUAAUGACUUUGCACCCGUGAUGUCUUCGUCUGUAAGUGGCACUGAGGAGGUGCGCGUGUCUUCGCUGACGCCCCUGAAGUUGGUAGGGCUGGUGUGCGUCUUCCUCGCGCUGUGCCUGGACGUUGGGGCUUUGCUAAGUCCCGCGUGGGUCACAGCAGAUGACCAGUACUACCUGUCCAUGUGGACAUCCUGCUGGAAGCCCGUCAGCUAUGUGGAGUGGUCCUGCAGCAGCACUCUGACUACGGACUGGCACAUUGCCACACUGGCCCUGCUGUUAGGAGGUGCAGCGCUCACCCUGUUCUCGCUCCUUGUCGCUCUGGUCUCUUUAUGCAUUGGGUCCCGGAGUCGCUGCUACAAACCCGUGGCCAUCAUGCUCUUCUCCGCAGUGGUGCUUCAGGUGUGCAGCUUGGUGCUCUUCCCAAUCAAAUUCAUUGAGACUGUCAGCUUAAGAGUUUACCAUGAGUUCAACUGGGGCUAUGGCCUAGCUUGGGGAUCCACCAUCUUCUCAUUUGGAGGUGCCAUUCUCUACUGCCUCAAUCCAAAGAAUUAUGAAGACUAUUAUUAAAGUCAACACAUAAAGGGAUGUUCCCAAAGCUUUCUGACGAAUGGACUGCUCCGUCAGAAGCGUAGCUUUGGUGAAGACAACUAAAGGACUACUUAUUACAUUAGGAACCAAAUUGUUACCUUUGAAAUAGAAUUUAAAACUGUUUUGGGUGUGUGAGCAUAAGAACGGUUGAUCCUUUGACACUGGUUAAAUAAAUGAAUCAGAACACAACAGAUAAUGACUUAGCAUUAAGUUAAUUAUUAAAACUUAGCUGCAAAUCCUGAAUUCUUCAUGGGGUUGACUACAUGUGAAUUUAAGUUAUACUUAAUAGCUGUGCAUAACCGCAAAUAUCAGAUCCUCCAAGUUUGUGUAAAAAAGUAGCAAAAUUUGGCAUUUCAGUAUUACUAAAUUAUUGAUACUAGAUUGUACUCUUGAUAAAAAAUGAAUAAACAUAGUAAAAACUGUAUUACUCAUUUCAAUAGUCCAAAGAAAAAAAAAAAAAAAAUCAUGUGCACGUCUGCAUGACAGCCCAUGUGCUCACAACUCUUCCCAUGUGAUGUGUCAGUUAACACAGCAGGAUUAAACAGUUGGGAUAGACUGUGACCUUGUUAGAUAAAGUUUAUAUUUACAGGCUUGUAGUUCUCAUUCAAGUGAAUGUAGUGUUCUCUGUUCUGUCAACCAGGUGUUGUAGUGAAAAUCCAUUUGACAUAAGACCUCUGUAUUUCAUAGGAGGUGCACUUACCAUGAUUGUUCAGGUAUUUUGUAUGCCUCCAAAUGUACGGUGGUUUGUAAACAAGCUACUGUUUGAUUAUUACAGGUUUAUUACUAAAAUAAAUA